AUGACUCGAGUGGAUGACGCGAACGACGACGACGAGUUGGUGUAUGAAAGCACGUACUUUGACAUUGCCCUGCCCCAUGGGUGGACGAGGGUGGCCCACAACUCUGGCCUCUUCUGCUUUCUCCAUGAACCGUCUGGCGUGGUGGCGUGGUCCCAGCCGUAUGUCGUCCAGGUCAUCGACCGCAACGGCCGCACCACCCUGGACGACAUGGUCCAAGCCCACCGCCCGCCUAUUGAGAUCUUUGCGGCUGGAUGUGGGAUGCGCCAGCCCGACUUGAAUCGACCGGUAAAGCUCGCGCAAGCCGAAUCUAUUCUCCGACGUCUGAACCAUGCCGCACAAGCUCCGACCACGCACCAACAGGACCAACGACCUGCAGCAGUACCCGACGCCCGAACCCACAACGAACCCAGUCGUCCUCCCCAAUCAGCUGACGCGCCUGCCAGUCGCAAGCGCCGGCUGCCAGACGACGACGACGACGUCACCAGUUCCGACAUUGCACCACCGCCACCUGCAGCCAACUACGAACGUGUGGUUGUGGGCGAUGUCACGAUGGACAAUCCUGCUGGCAAGACGGCGAUGGUCUUCUUGACCGAGUACUUGGCCGCCGCGGGUCGCGCGGGUCCACAGUUUGUCCAGUCGGCUUCGACCGGUGCGUUGGUCGACGCAUUCCAUGCCGUCCUCACUCUCAUGCGUUUAGAUCCGACGCUGCCGUUCCGCUGCGGAGUGGUGCUCGAUGGGGCCGAAUACAGCCACGGCAUUGCAGUCACGAAGGCCUUAGCCCGACAAGUGGCCUCUGAAAACGCCCUCGAAGCCCUUUUGCCAGGGUACUGGGCUGGCUUGAAGAAGGAAGGCGCGGUGCGCGACGUCGUGUCGAACGUCCCCCAAACCCCGGCCACGGACUGGGCCAAACCCAUCUCCACCGCGACUACGAUGGACGAUUUCGAAACCAUGUCCAUCGAUGACCCUGGCGUCCUCCAAGGAUGCAUGGAGCUGUCGUUCAAGACCCCCGCGCAGCUGCUCAUGGAGUUCCAGACCAAACACAAGGGGAUCGCGGUCAACUACACGACGGUGCCGGUACCCGGGGGCAGCGGCGGGGACAGGAACAAGUUCAGAGUCACGGCGUCCGCCGGCCCGUCCGCCGCGGAAGGAGUCGCCAGCAACAAGAAACUCGCCAAGCAGUUUGCCGCGCAAGCCCUGCUCGCCCAGCUUAACCCCCGCGUGGCCACGUAUAUCGAAUUAAUCCGUGUGCAUGAGAACAGCGUCAAGAGCCAUGCCGACGGGGCGCAUCGAGCCAAAAUGCAGAAGUUUUCGGGUAAAUACGGAGCAAAGCAUGCGACAAUCCCCGCCACCACGUCGGGAUCGGCGGCGCCAUCGAUCCUUCCGACGCCUCCGUCGUCGAUCCUUCCGACACCUCCGUCGACAACCCCCGCGGGAGGGUCCCUCCUUGAACGAUCAAGUGCCCGAACCAGCCACGGGCAAGGCUACAGCCGCGGGCCAUCUAAUCCUAGCGGCUACAACAGCGCUAGCACAACCUCCAAUGUCGCGGACCCAAGACGGGAUAGCUAUGACAGCAAUCAUGGAUAUGGAGGAUAUUCUACAAUGCCACAACAGGUAUCGGCAUGA